CCUGGCCCCUGGCUGCCGGCUGUCACCACGGGUCUGCAGCGUUACCGGGCGGCGCAGGGGCCGCAGUCCAGAGGGUUCUUAGGAGAGAUUCCCAGGGAACCUUCUGAAGAGCUACCAUGUCUGUGAAUGUCUCAUCUUCCAAAGAACUCAGCAGUAACAGCUGUGAAACCAAAUCCACAAAUCUUCGAAUGUCAGAGAAGAAAUGUUCAUGGGCCUCCUACAUGACCAACUCCCCUACUCUCAUUGUUAUGAUUGGCUUGCCAGCCCGGGGUAAAACCUACGUGUCCAAGAAACUAACACGCUACCUCAAUUGGAUUGGGGUACCCACUAAAGUGUUCAAUCUUGGGGUAUAUCGGCGAGAAGCUGUCAAGUCCUAUAAGUCCUAUGACUUCUUUCGACAUGACAACGAGGAGGCCAUGAAGAUUCGCAGACAGUGUGCUCUGGUAGCGUUGGAAGACGUUAAGGCAUAUCUCACAGAGGAGAGUGGGCAGAUUGCGGUGUUUGAUGCUACCAAUACCACACGGGAGAGGAGGGACAUGAUUUUGGACUUUGCCACACAGAAUUCCUUCAAGGUGUUCUUUGUGGAAUCUGUCUGUGAUGAUCCAGACGUCAUUGCUGCCAAUAUCCUGGAGGUAAAGGUCUCGAGCCCUGACUAUCCUGAAAGGAACCGGGAGAAUGUGAUGGAGGACUUCUUGAAAAGAAUCGAGUGCUACAAAGUCACCUACCGACCCCUUGACCCCGACAAUUAUGACAAGGAUCUUUCUUUCAUCAAAGUAAUAAAUGUGGGCCAGCGGUUUUUAGUUAACAGAGUCCAGGACUACAUCCAGAGCAAGAUUGUCUACUACCUCAUGAAUAUCCACGUCCACCCUCGCACCAUUUACCUUUGCCGGCAUGGGGAGAGUGAAUUCAAUCUUUUGGGCAAGAUAGGGGGCGACUCUGGCCUCUCACCACGAGGAAAACAGUUUGCCCAGGCCCUAAGGAAGUUUCUGGAGGAACAAGAAAUAGUGGACCUCAAAGUAUGGACAAGCCAGUUGAAGAGGACAAUCCAGACUGCUGAGUCUCUUGGAGUGACCUAUGAGCAGUGGAAAAUUCUGAAUGAGAUUGAUGCUGGAGUGUGUGAGGAGAUGACGUACGCAGAGAUUGAGAAGCAGUAUCCAGAGGAGUUUGCACUUCGAGAUCAAGACAAGUACCUGUAUCGAUAUCCUGGUGGGGAGUCAUACCAGGACCUGGUGCAGCGGCUGGAGCCUGUCAUCAUGGAGCUGGAGCGGCAGGGCAAUGUCCUUGUUAUCUCCCACCAAGCUGUCAUGCGCUGCCUUCUGGCCUACUUCUUGGAUAAGGGUGCAGAUGAGCUGCCGUACUUGAGGUGCCCUCUCCAUACCAUCUUUAAACUUACUCCUGUGGCCUAUGGGUGCAAAGUGGAAACAAUUAACCUCAACGUGGAAGCUGUGAACACUCACCGUGAUAAGCCAGCUAACAACUUCCCCAAGAACCAAACCCCUAUAAGGAUGAGAAGGAACAGCUUUACACCUCUGUCCAGUUCGAAUACAAUAAGGCGUCCAAGAAAUUACAGUGUUGGGAGCCGGCCCCUCAAGCCCCUCAGCCCUCUCCAUGCCCUGGACAUGCAAGAUGGGGCCGACCAGCCGAAGACCCAAGUCAGCAUCCCGGUGGUGUAACCGUGUGUGUCCCUCCUGUCCUUGCUACUAAUCACCAAGGAGUCACUUACCCCCACCAACCCCCUACCCUCAACAACUCACCAUGAACCUUACCACAGAGUAUGAGGUGCUGUGUGCGUAGACCAACUAGGUCCUGUCCAGUUUAAAACAUUUCUUUACCCAGGAGCAAGCAGACCAGUUGGAUAUUUUAGCACUGAUACCCAGAGGGAGCAGGAUGGAGGAGGAAGGAAAGGAUAUGUGCUGCCCAUAUGCAGUUGCUCUUCUCUCUGUUCCCUGGUGUCUGAACUCACUAAUACUUGGUUUAUGGUGAUGAGUGGAGAGAGACAUCAUGACCCAUAUGUCCUUCACCUUUGUCUCUUUAAUGUGUGUUUCACUCACUUGGCUUUCUUCCAUCUUGUCUUUGCUUUAUCCUGUGGAACACUUGGUAUUGUAUCUAAGAAGAAAGGGGGGUUGGUGGGGAGAAGUCUAGGCCCUCUGCUGCCUCCUUCAGUGGACUUGUGUGGAUCUGGACUUGGGGAGUCUUUCUUUUCCCAUCUGACACCCCUCCUCUGCAGCCAGCUUCUGCAAGGGUCACACAGGCUGCAGAACAUCCACAGUGUGCUCUGGAGCUUGCGAGUGGCCAGAGCAUGCUGGUUCUCGCCUUUCUUCAUGAAAAACGAUCCUGAGUUUUUGAUACCAUAUGGGUAGCUGGCUCUGAGGAUGUGGGAAAUGUCUUGGUCUAUUUUGAACUUGAAGAGCCACGUGUACAGUGCUCUUUUGUUGGCCGUGAAGUAGGUAGCUUCUAGUUUUUGCAGGGCUCUCCACUCAGAGUCAGAUCUUUCACCCACAGUUUGGUCCUUUGCCAGUCACUGCAAGUUCCCUGCCAAAGCCAAUGACCUCAGGGGCUUUUAGGAGGAUGGAAUCAGAUCUAGGACUCACCACUAAUGCCUGAACACCUGGAAGCAAAAGGUAGAGCAAAGUUCACUGCACCUGCUAAUUAUUUUCCAGUGGUUUUCAGCAUACCCCCCCCAACAUUAAUUUUUUUUGACAUGAACAAGUAUUUUUUUCUACAAACAUGGUAAGCUUUGAAUUUAAUCUCUCUUGUUGAGCUGUUCUUUAUGAAUAUGGAGAAAGUCUCAUCAUAAAUGUGCUGAGGAGUGCCAUGGAGUCUGCUCAUGACUUCGUGUUAUCUAUUCACUUGUCAUCUCGUGUCCUUCAUAGGGUUAACAGGACUUGUGCCUAGAAAGACUUUUUAACCCCUUGGUGGCCCAUGAUGGCUUCCCAUUUCUCUCAAUUUUGUAUACAACAUUUUUUAAUGAACAUAUUUAUUUUAUUUAAUUUAUUAUUUUUUUGUGGCAGGCUCAAC